UCCGUCCUUUUUCUAUCUUUCUGGGUCUCACUUCAUUAUCUCAAAUCUUCUCUUUUUCUUGUUAAUUGCUUACCCUGAAUACUUUACAGCUCUUGAAAAAAAAUUUUCUCUUGCAAUGUUAUUGCUUCAUUGAUUUUAGAGGGGAAGGUAUGGUUUUAUUCAACAGAUCUUGUAUUGUGCUUUUCUCCACAUUCUAAUCAAUGUUCUUUUUAUGAAAAAAAACUGAUCUUGUUAUUGAGUUCUGAUUACUGGGUUGUUGAUACUGAAGCGGAAUCAAUAAAGAGAUACAAAUUUCCUCUCUUUUAAGCAAUUUUGAAAUCUGGGUUUUCUUCAAAAAGAGAAAAAAAUAUGGUUACAGUUAAUAUAGGGAUGCUUCAUUACAUUCUAGACCAUGUAUAUGGUGCAUUUGUGCAUAGAACAAAGAUAACCCCACCGUUCUUCUCAAGAGGGUGGGGUGGAACAAAGCUUGAGCUUUUGGAGAGAUUGAUAAGCCAGUUGUUCCCUGAAGUUGAAGGCCAAAACUGGCCUCCAAGCUUGAUUCAACCCAUUUGGAGAACUGUUUGGGAGACCCAAAAUGCUUGUUUGAGAGAAGGUGUGUUUAGGACCCCUUGUGAUGAGCAGUUGCUUAGUGCAUUGCCUCCUGAAAGUCAUAAUGCGAGGGUCGCUUUCCUUGUCCCAAAAGAUGUGCCACCUCAAAAGAUGGCAUGUGUGGUUCACCUAGCAGGCACAGGAGACCAUACAUUUGAACGGAGAUUGCGUCUUGGUGGACCAUUAUUGAAACAAAACAUUGCAACUAUGGUGCUUGAGAGCCCUUUCUAUGGUCAAAGGCGUCCUAUGCUGCAGCGUGGUGCAAAACUCUUGUGUGUCAGUGAUUUGCUUUUAUUAGGACGAGCAACCAUUGAAGAGGCUCGGAGCCUUUUAUACUGGUUAGACUCUGAGGCAGGGUUUGGCAAGAUGGGUGUGUGUGGACUUAGCAUGGGGGGAGUGCAUGCUGCAAUGGUUGGAUCACUGCACCCCACACCUGUUGCAACCCUUCCUUUUCUCUCCCCACAUUCUGCUGUUGUGGCAUUCUGUGAGGGUAUAUUGAAGCAUGCCACUGCAUGGGAGGCACUGAGAGAGGAUCUUGCAGCAAAAAAGGCUGCAAUGACUCUCGAGGAGGUGAGAGAACGAAUGCGAAAUGUACUGUCUCUCACAGAUGUCACACGCUUUCCAAUUCCCAAAAACCCUAAUGCCAUAAUAUUUGUUGCAGCAACUGAUGAUGGUUACAUACCAAAACACUCGGUGCUGGAGCUUCAAAAGGCUUGGCCUGGUUCAGAAGUGAGAUGGGUCACAGGUGGCCAUGUCUCGUCGUUUCUUCUACAUAACAAUGAGUUCCGAAAGGCAAUCGUUGACGGGCUUAACAGAUUAGAGUGGAAAGAAUCCUCCUUAUGACAGUGCAUCAGCCAGUCCCGGUGGUUAAAUGACUGUUUUUGUUGAUCACUUCAGAAAAAUGGGCUAAUAGCAACUGAAAUUUGAUGGCACCCCCUUAAAAUUGAAAAGAGAAGGGGGUAGUGCUUUGUGAAUACAUUAUUUCUUCUCUAAUGUGCUUAUAAAUUUAACUUACACUUACUUUAUAAAGUUAACUACACCGCAAGUUACUCGAUUUCUUUUA